GUAGUUUUGUUUUUCUUUGAGUAUUAUUGCUUAGUGUAUAAGUUUUGUUUGAUGUAAACAUAAGAAAUUCAAUAUAUGACUGUUCAGAAGCUAAAGCGAAAGUGUUGAUUAUUCGCGUGGUAGUUAAUCAUUUACAUUGUGUUCUACUCACCUUUAAGUCUACUGAACACAGAGGAUUAUUGCAGCUAAGAUAUCUAGGAUCCCCAUAUGGAAGAGGGAAACAUUCUUUAUCUUGCAAACUUCACCGGAAUGAUUCUUGAGGCUCAACCAUUAUCGGUACGCCUUAAGGCAAUACGAGAGAUACGAGUCCUGGAUAGACUUUUUGACAACUUCACUCAACAUAGGUUAUAUAUAAUGUUGUUAAGACUGGAGAACUAUAGAAUCGCAGCAAAUCGUCUACCAAACAGACCUCCUCUUCGCAACCCUACGUAUAGGAGUUGCUUCGAGGAAUAUGUCGGAUCCUUACCACACGUUCACAGAAAAAGUGUGUUACAAAAGUUGACAGUAAUUGUCUCCUUUUUUACAGGAUCAUGUAUUACAGAUUUGUUUUAGAUUUUAUAGAAUUAAUAUUGACAAUAAUAAUGUACUAAUAUAUACUAAAUUAAUAUUCUAAAUUAAUAUUGGGUUUCUCAAUUAUAUGGAAGCUAAAUUAUAUUACUUAUCCUAAAUUCAUUGAACGAUUAUUAGUCAUUGUAUAAUUUUUCUCAUGUUCACGUAUCGCUGAUUUCUUGGAAAUUUUGUAAAACCCAAUAUUUAAAUUUUAAAAAAUUUAUAGUUUUAAAUUUCGUUUUUAUCGACUUUUGGCUUCAAGGAAUAUGUCGGAUCCUUACCACGUGUUCACAGAAAAACUGUGUUACGAAAGUUGACAGUAAUUGUCUCCUUUUUUACAGGAUCAUGUAUCACAGAUUUGUUGUAGAUUUUAUAGAACGCAAUAUUUAACUUUUAAAAAAGUUAUAGUUUUAAAUUUCGUUUUUAUUGACUAUUAAUGUUUAUUGAUUAAAUUUGUUUUAUGAUUAUGUUAUAUAAAUAUAAAUGUGCAUAAUAUUAAUGCAUAUGGUUUUAAGAGAAUAGGUUUUGUACUAAUAGUUAAUAUAGUCAUUUCAUUUUAUUUAUACUUUUCAUUGGCUUUUAUAUAUUUUUAUUUGUAUACUGAAUUAAUAUUGAUAAUAAUAAUAUACUAAAUUAAUAUUGGGUUUCUCAAUUAUAUGGAAGCUAAAUUAUAUUACUUAUCCUAAAUUCAUUGAACGAUUAUUAGUCAUUGUAUAAUUUUUCUCACGUUCAUGUAUCGCUGAUAUGUUGAAAAUUUUGUAAAACCCAAUAUUUAAAUUUUAAAAAAGUUAUAGUUUUAAAUUUCGUUUUUAUCGACUUUUGGCUUCGAGGAAUAUGUCGGAUCCUUACCACAUGUUCACAGAAAAACUGUGUUACAAAAGUUGACAGUAAUUGUCUCCUUUUUUACAGGAUCAUGUAUCACAGAUUUGUUUUAGAUUUUAUAGAACGCAAUAUUUAACUUUUAAAAAAGUUAUAGUUUUAAAUUUCGUUUUUAUUGACUAUAAUUGUAUAUUGAAUAAAUUUGUUUUAUGAGUGUUAUGAUUACAUUAUAUAAAUAUAAAUGUGCAUAAUAUUAAUGCAUGGUUUUACAACAAUAAUAGAUUUUAUACUGAUAUUUAAUGCAACAGUCAUUUCA